ACCCCUUUCCGUGACUCGUUUCGAAAGAUCGAGUCCAGAAAAAGUUGCAUGCUGCGAAGGCUACUCUGCGGGCAAUCGCUACUUCAUCGCAAGACUUUUCUAUCACCGCAAGUACCUUCGUUGGCUAGACAUCAUCUCUACCAGGUCCGCACCAUGGCCAGCGAACAAGCAGGAACCCAUAAGGACCCUGUCACUGGGGAAAUGAUCUCCAAGAGCGAGCUCAAGCGUCGCCAGAAGCAAAGAGAAAAAGAAGCAAAGAACGCCGAAAAGGCUGCAGUUGCACCACAAAAGCCUGCAGCAGCAAAGGUGGCUGCAACUAACGAGGAGGAUCUCAAUCCAAACCAAUACUUUGAACUUCGUUCACGACACGUUCAAAAGCUCAAGGAGACCCAAAAUCCCAACCCAUACCCUCACAAGUUUGAGGUUUCCAUCUCGAUCACCGAAUACAUUGAUAAGUAUGGAACGGAAGGCAAGAUCCCUGCUGGUUCCAAGCUCCAGGGUACCACCGAAUGCCUCGCCGGCCGUAUUCACAACAUCCGUGCCUCUGGACAGAGCCUGAAAUUCUACGACCUGCACGGCGAGGGAAAGAAGGUUCAGAUCAUGGCACAGAAGCAAGAUGCCAAGGACCCAGAAGCCUUCGUGUGUGUCCACGAGCAUUUCCGUCGAGGAGACAUCGUUGGUGUCAUUGGUACACCCUCACGUACCAAGAAGGGGGAACUCUCCAUCUCGCCGGCCGAAAUCAUCCUCCUCGCACCCAACCUUCACCAACUUCCCUCCGGCCAUUUCGGUCUCAAGGACCAAGAAACCCGAUACCGCAAGCGAUACCUUGACCUCAUUCUUUCUGAGGAUACCCGUCGCAUCUUCAUCACCCGUAGCAAGAUUAUCAACUACAUCCGUCGUUUCCUUGACAACCUUGGUUUCCUCGAAGUCGAGACUCCAAUGACAAGCAUGAUUGCUGGUGGUGCGACUGCUAAGCCAUUCGUCACUCACCACAACGACCUUAAUCUUGAUUUAUACCUCCGAAUUGCGCCUGAGCUUUACUUGAAGGAGCUUGUCGUCGGUGGUCUCGAUCGUGUGUACGAAAUCGGUCGUGUCUUCCGAAACGAGGGUAUCGAUCUUACACAUAACCCCGAGUUCACCAUCUGCGAGUUCUAUAUGGCCUAUGCCGAUAUGUAUGACCUCAUGGACAUGACCGAAUGCCUUGUCGAGGGUCUGGUCAAGUACCUUACUGGUGGAAAGACCCAGCUUGUCUUCCAGCCUGACGGCAAGGACGGCGAGCGCAAGCAUGAGUUGGACUUCAAGCGGCCAUGGAAGCGGUAUGACAUGAUCGAGACUUUGGAGGAGAAGCUUGGCGUCAAGUUCCCUCCUGGUGAGACUCUGCACACGGAUGAGACGAACAAGUUCCUGCGUGACUUGUGCCAGAAGCAUAACGUUGACUGCAGUGAGCCUCGAACCAACGCUCGCCUGCUUGACAAGCUUGUUGGCGAGUUCAUCGAGCCCUUGUGUGUCUCGCCUUCCUUCAUUGUUGGUCACCCUCAGCUUAUGUCUCCCUUGGCCAAGUGGCAUCGUUCACGUCCCGGUCUCUGUGAGCGGUUCGAGGGUUUCAUGUGCGGAAAGGAGUUCUGCAAUGCCUACACCGAGUUGAACGAUCCCUUUGAGCAAAGACUGCGCUUUGAGGAGCAGGUCAGGCAGAAGGAGCAGGGUGACGAAGAGGCGCAAGGAAUCGAUGAGACUUUCGUUGAUGCGUAUGUUACUAUGGUUGUUCUUUACGUUUACUAUGAGCUGACUGUCAUCCGUCACACGCAGUCUUGAGCAUGGCCUUCCUCCUACUGGUGGAUGGGGUCUUGGUAUCGAUCGUCUUGUGAUGUUCCUCACCAACUCUACCAACAUCAAGGAGGUCCUACUAUUCCCUGCGAUGAAGCCUAUAGAGACUGCUGCCAAUACCACGGGCGUUGUGGGUCCAUCCGGACAAAUAUAGACGUAGAGACUAGCUAUGAUAUCUUGUACCUUGCACCAUUCCACUUUACACAUAUAAAGCAACCAGCUUGACCAUUAAUGAGCAGAAUAUCGCGGC